CAUGUGAGGCAGGACAGCAUGGACUUCAGUAAGGAGUGGGAGGACGCGACGGACUGCCGCUGCACGGAGCGCCUGAAGCCUCUGGAGCGGAGGAAGGCCCGGGAGCACCAGCGCUGUCUGGCCCACUCUCUGGUCGGCACGCCCAACUACAUCGCUCCAGAAGUGCUGCUCCGAACAGGCUACACCCAGCUGUGUGAUUGGUGGAGUGUGGGCGUCAUCCUGUAUGAGAUGGUUGUCGGACAGCCUCCCUUCCUGGCGAACACGCCUGUGGAGACGCAGAUGAAGGUGAUAAACUGGAAGAACAUGCUGAACAUUCCCCCGCUGGCCAAGCUCAGCCCCGAGGCGUCGGAUCUCAUCGUGAAGCUGUGCCGCAGCCCGGAGGACCGCGUGGGGAGGGGCGGCGCCGACGAGAUCAAAGCUCAUCCCUUCUUCCAGAACAUUGAUUUCUCCAGCGACUUGCGGCAGCAGGCGGCGCCGUACGUCCCCACCAUCGCUCACGCCACGGACACCUCCAACUUCGACCCCGUGGACCCCGAUAAAAUGUGGAGCAGCGACAGCGACGGAGAGGACAACCUCAACGACACGCUCAACGGCUGGUUCCGCAACGGAAAACACCCGGAACACGCCUUCUACGAGUUCACCUUCCGCCGCUUCUUCGACGACAACGGCCACCCGUACAGCUGCCCCAAGCCCAUCGUGUACGAGAGCUACGAGGGGGAGGAGGCGGAGUCUGAGGCCCAGGUGGCUGCUGGGAGCUCAGCGACGCAGGGCCGAGACCUGCUGUACAUUUAGAGACUAAUGGAGGAGAGGAGACAGGAAAACAUACUUAUUCCAUUUUUGCCAAGCAUUAGAUCAAUACUACAGUUCACGGAAAAUAAGUAGGCUUCAUUUAUAUCGUUGACAUUCUGAAUCAAUAUUUAAAUGCUGUUCAGUUGUGGGUUCUUCCUGCAGGUUUAUUCAUCUCUUCAAACCUGUUUUUUCUGCACAGUUGGAGAUAGAGAUAAAAAUACACUAAUAUUAUUAGUACUAUACUGUUUGUUGAACCGUAUUGCUGAAUCGGUGAGUCGAACAUUUUCAAUAAUUUUCGAGCAUUGUCGAGUCCAAAAGUCAAAUUUAGUAUUUAAACGUGAAUUAAAAAAAAUGACUGUAGACAUUCAGAGCUAUAUUUGAAACCCUCAAAAGAAGCUCUGCUUGUUUAAAAAAAGGACUCCCGGUACAGCUCUCAGCAGAAAACCGAAUGAGCUCUGGAUGUUUCUCUGAAUGUUUGAAAGCGACUGUACGAUGUUUGCUGCCUGAAGAAUAGAAAGCAGAGUUAAAUCAGGUGCUCUCUUUGAUGACGUUACGCAAACAAGCCUUAAUUUAUUUAAGAAGUUGUAACUGGUGAUGCUAGUGUAGCUGCUGUUUGAGUGUGGGGAUUGUUUGUAUUUCAUUUAAAGGUUAGAACGUUAAUUUAUAUUUUAAUUUCUGUUGAAGUGGGGAUUUAGUUUUGUGACUGGUAGACAUUUGCAGGGAUAAAUCGCUCCAAUUCAUUGCUGUGCCUUUUUUUUUUUUAAUAUACUUUCACCAAAUAUACAGAGGGUUAAUAAUCAUUUUAAAAAUGAGAGUAGCAGUAGCUGAUUGAACUACAGUAGGAUUUGUUUUAUUUUUCUAAUUUAUACUUAAAAUGUAUUUAUAAAUUAUACAGUUGAUGUAAAUAGUUUAUCUUCCCUGUCAGCUGAUUUAUUUUUCUUUUAGGGCAGGCCCUCUGUCACUGCUGCUGAUUCCAGUUAAUGUUGCUCUUCUGUCUCAAAACACUAAAUCACAGAACUUUUAAGUAUUGUUGUUAACUCAUCAGCAUUCAGACUUUUAUACUCUUCUCCACCAAAGUACUAAGACCCCAUUUACACGCAAACGAACCGAAUACGAUAUCAAAAAAGUCUUCCGUUCACACGAGACCGAGUAAAUAUGCCGGGGUUUAGUGCUAGAUCGUAUACCUCCUGGGUUUUAGGCGGCGGAAGUGACGUAAUCGUGGAUGAGAAGUCGGCAACUUUUGCACAUCUGGUAGUAAAAGUAGACACAUUUAAUUUAAUUUAGCAUGGGCUCUUUGCGACUCUGGAGUCCUGCAGGAAUCCGGAGGACAGUGAACAGGAGUGAGAAGGAGCACACUCCUAAAAAACCUCUUUUAAAAAAUAAAUAAACCUCGUACUGUGUGUGUCACUGUAAUCCGAAAUCAAACGCACUCAGUGGCUUUCUGAGUGUUAAAUCCCAUCUGUGCUUUUCUUCUUGUGAGAUGUCAUUUUUUUUAAAUGUUACUAAUAGCCAGGAGGUAUACGAUCUAGCACUAACCCAUAUUUGCGGGGCCUGUAAGUGGCGCCACAAAAUACACCAAAAGCAGCGAAGAAGACCCCCCGAGCAUGGUUGCCAUGGUUGCCCUUCUGUUUAUGUCCCGCGGUGGAUUUAGCAACAUGUAGUUCAUGUAAUUCUCCACAUUUAAAAAUAACAAUCACAUGUUAUUAUUACCCAUCAUGCCUAACCACUUCAUCCCAUAGUACUUUACAUUAUGUGUGAGCAAAGGCUUCACUUCCUGUUUUUGAGAAUCACUACAGCUGACUGUCAUGUGUUGAGUUUUUGUUGUGCCUGUGUAUUGAUUUAUUAAAAAAAGAAACCGGAGUGACGGUCGAGAGAACUGCUGAUUGUGUAACCUGCUGUACUUUAUCUUUGUGUUUUAGGAAAAGAUCUUUGAAUGUAGUUAUGGACUUUAUGGUGACCACUGACAUUCUGCACUGGUUCUGUCUUUUCUUUGUAAGUGAGAGAAUUAUAUUUGUGUACAUUGUUGCUGCGGGAGUUAGAGGGUGAUAAAUAAAGAAUGUCAACAACUCCUUUUUAUA